AUGGCCACACCACCGCAGUACAUUCUCGUCACGGGGGCCACAGGCUUCAUUGGCGCCCAUAUCGUCGACGUCCUCUUAUCCAGAGGGCUUCGCGUCAGGGGUGCCACGCGAUCUUUGGCCAAGGGCCAUCUCAUGAUGCAGUCCCGACCGCAGUACGCGUCGAAGCUCGACUUUGUGCAGGUGGCAGACUUUGCGGAAGGCGGUGACUUCGCCGAAGCCGUCAGAGACGUCGAUGCCGUGGUUCAUGUCGCCAGUCCCUUCAGCUACGACACCAAGGACAACGAAAAGGAGCUCAUCCUGCCCGCCAUAGCCGGCGUCAAGGCCAUCCUCGCCGCCGCCGCCUCGAACCCGAACAUCACCCGCCUCGUCCUGACGUCCUCCUUCGCCUCCGUCAUGGACGCCAACCGCGCGGCACCCCCCUACUUCACCUACACCGGCGACGACUGGAACCCGCUCACCUACGCCGAAGCCGCCGCCCCCGCCGCCCCCGCCGCCCCCGCCUUCCUCGCCUACCGCGGCUCCAAGCUCUUCGCCGAGCGCGCCGCCUGGGACUUUGUCGCGGCGCGUCAUCCCGCCUUUUCCCUCGUGACGUUGUGCCCGCCCAUGACGUUCGGGCCCGUCGUGCACCCCGUCGCGGGCGUCGACAGGCUCAACGAGUCGAACGCCAUGCUGUGGAGGAUUGCCAUGGGCGAGUCGCCGCUUCCCGUCGCGAGGGUGCCGUUCUGGAUCGACGUGCGGGACCUGGCGCGUGCGCACGUCGAGGCCGUGCUGAGGCCUGAAGUCGCCGGGAAGAGGCUUGUGCCUGCGGCGGCGGAGCGGUUCUCCUACGGCAAGGCGGCCGCGAUCAUGGUCGAUGAAUUCGACUGGGCGAAGGGCAAGGUGCAGGUCGAGGCGCAGAGCAUUGACGAGUCACAUGGUCUCGAUGGGCAGACGGCUGCUGAGGCGUUGGGGCUGGAGUACCGCAGCUUCAGGCAGACGGUUGUCGAUCUGGUCAGGCAGGCCUAUGAGAUGGAUGCGAAGGCGUGA